AUGUCACCUCGCUCAUUCCCUGCUGAUCUUGAUCCUGUCCAUAAUCGUCUGGAUUACCUUGAUUUGCAAGGUGAAAUCAAAGAUCACUUUGAUAUAAAGCUAUCCGUAGCAUUCAAGUUCUUGAAGAAACCGGGACACUUCUGCACAUUCCCUACCAUCACCACUACGGCUUUAUCUUCUAUUCGCCUUGAGCCUGAGCCUGAGGUUGCGGCAGUGACAAUCAUGCAUGACAUCUUGCUUAAUCACAUUGCACCGCUUGUCCAUCAGCGCUGGUUCUGCUGGGAUGCAGUCAACCUACCUACAAAAAUGCUUCAAACAUCACCGGAUGAAAGUUCUCCCACCCCCUCUUCCAAACAUGUUCAACCAGACCACUUCUUGCUUCCCGAUCCCUUGAACUUAAUUGAUGCUCAUCAGUCUCCCAACAACAGUAUCACAUCUUUUGCAUCUGAGUCAUUUGACUUGCCAUCCUCGUGGUCUGAUACCAUCGGUUCUGGUGACUCCACUUUCCCUACUUUUGGCAGCCCAAACUUUACAUCUACCCCACUCCCUCAACCACCUGCACUUCCUGCAUCCAUGGCGAGUGGGGUCACAAAGCUGGCGCCCUACACGACAUGUACAGCCUAA